UUUAGGUGUAUGAACCGGGAAGCUGGAAGUUUAAGUUUGGAAAUUGAUGAGGUCAUUGAGGUGAUUUGAUAGACAGCUCAAUCGGCUUUAUUUGAGGAUUUUAAACUAGAUAGUAAGUAGUUGCCUUCGUUGAUGAAACAGUAUUUGUGACGACCUGAGCCCUGACCCCACUAAUGGCUGCGAAAGGAGUGCAGAAUUCCUUAAAAAAUAUCAGUGGCGAGGAUGCAAACAAGAAUAUCUUAAAGAACAUCUCUGCUCAAUCGUUGGUAACCGUCAUCCCAAAGUGCUUGCAUGAAAAGUUGAGGAAGCGGAAUAAGUUCAGGGCACUUUUUGGUUUGAAAUGGUCACAAAAAUUUGUCGUUCUUGCCCGUGCAUGCUUGUAUAUCUAUGGCGAUGAAAUGAGUACUAACUAUGAAGAUGCAUUCUCUAUGGCAGACUUUAAAUGUGUUAACCGGCACACAAAGGGUGACCAGUAUUUUUACCUGACAUUCAACGAUCCGGACAAGGAACACAUCAUUUUCAGCUGUGAUACAAACAAGUCGCGAAAGAAAUGGAUGAAAAGGCUGAAAGAGGCAAUCGAUGAGGCAACAGACUCAGGAAUAGGCCAUGAUGUUGAAGAUGAGGCUGAACAAUCAGACGAUGAGGAUAGCGAUGAUGAGGAGCAUCCUUCGGCAAUGGCAGCGGCGAAAAGACCCAACACUUAUUUUAAAAUAAAUGACAGUGACGUAUUGCAAGCUGGCGACUGCACUACGUUGAAUGACAACCACGGUGAAGAACCUCAGUAUGAAAAUGUAUCCCAAAACCAUUCAGGUGCAAGACAAUUAUCCAGACAUGUUGGGGCAGUAACAAAGCAGGACAAGCCGCGAUUUGCAGAUCAAUUGCCCAAAGAUCAGCUAGUAACAGGACGGGACAAGCUGAGAUCCGCUGAUCCAUUGCCACAUGAUCAGCCAGUAACAAGCCGGGACAAGCCGCAAUUUUCAGAUCCAUUGCAACCAGAUCAGCCAGGUACAAGACAAAAUAAGCAGCCAUCAGCUGUUCCGUUGUCGAAAGAUCAGCCAGUAACAAGACAGAACAAGCCACGAUCCGCUGAUCCAUUACAACAAGUUCAGCCAGUAACAAGACAGGAUAAGCAGCCAUCCGCUAUUCCUAAACAGACAUCCGCUGUUUAUCCGCGACACCACACACCUAAAGGCAAACCGACUAAAAAGGAGCCAUUAAGAACUAAUGCAAAAAUGGACAAAAGAGACGAUAUGGACAAACAUUUGAAGCUGAAACCAACGGAAAAUAGAAAUUCGUCAUCGUCCACAAGUUCAUCUGAUUCUGACGCUUUCCUUUGUGUUUCUGUCAGAGGUCCUCCAGUGGUAACAUACAAAACCAAGAGUGGUUCCCAAUCAAUGAUGGCUCAAAGUAAGGCAUCCCAUCGUCCUCAUAAAUCUUCAAUUACAUUUGAGAAGAGCCUUACCCACAAGCAAUGCACUUUUGUUUCCGGAGUACAAGCCGAUGAUCAAACUUCAACAUUUAAAAUGGAAAGAGCGAACGAGGUAAAAGACGAUGGUCCGGACGUUACUGAUGAGAAUUGCUAUGAGAAUACGUCAAACAUAAGUGGUGCACAUGAUAUAUCCAUGGAGCAUCCUGAGAAUGCUGACCAAUUUAUUCAUCGGCAGCGCAGAAUCAAAGCAGAAUUUUCCAAGAGUGAUCGUACAGACACUGACGCGAAAAUUGAUGACAAAGCCAGGCAACCCAUCAUUUCAAACUCGUCUUCGGCUUCGGAAGCACAAACAGAAAACGCCUUGGUCCAUGUGCCUGGCAGAUCUUAUUCUUCGACAGCAUUAAACAAGAAAGGGGGAUCUCAACCAAUAAAGAUGCGGGUCAACAUUAUUGAACAUUCUUCAAAACCUGAAAAUACGAUUAGGAAAGGACUUCCAAGAAGCUAUUCAUCGUCAGAGUUGCAAGGUUCUGCAAAGCAUACUUUACCAGUGGCUCACGAAGUACAGGAGGAACCAUUAUAUCAAAAUUACCAAGAUCUGUAUGUGAAUGUGGAAAUACCUGGCCAAAACAGUGAUACGACAGACACAGAUACAACUAAUUAACAUUGAAGUGGGUCUUUGGCUACUGGGACUGUUACAUUGGUUAUUAUUGUGCUUGUAUUGUUAUGUUUAUUUUCAUUGUUGUUUCUAUAUAUUCUAUGAAGAAUCUUAGUGUUCUGCGUAAAUUUAAUGGGGGGGGGGGGGUUGAUGUUUAUUUUAUUUUUUUAUUUGAUUCUUGUAUAUAUUACAUAGUCUUAGGCCAUUUGGGAUAUUUAUAUACAACCAUGAUAUUUUUUUUAAUUGCCAUUCUGUUUUUAUAUCCUUUUUCAUGUGUGAAAGACACUAAAGAACAUCAUACCAAUGGCUAUCUUGUUUAUUUAGCUAACAUUAUGUUGAAGAUCCGCUUUCCGAUUAUUCCAAGCUAUGAUGCAUGUUUUUGAGACAUUGUACGUAUUUUUUCACAUUUCAUCUACACAAUACUUUUGUAUUUUUCGCCAAUAUGUACGUACUUGAAACGAUAGUAUGGGUUCAUAACAAUGUUCCAUUGUGUGACAGCGUAAGGAAAUCCUCAUUCAUUAAAAAACUAUGGUAGACUCAAGUAGACAUGUGGGUGACAAUAUAUUGUUUUUAAAGUUGUUUUGUUCUGCAUUAUGUCGACAGUCUAUGUUAUAUCAACAUGUUAAGAUGCUAUAAUUAAGACAAUCUACUAUACAGAAAAUAUGCCUUUCAGUCUUACUAAAAUUCACAUAACUAAACUUGAAAAAAGACUGUCGAGUUACGGAAAGCAAAAACCUCGAUUAUCCUGACAUGCUUGUAUCAAUUUACUUUUUUGACUUGCAACCAUUUAAAAUAAAUCAUAUAUAUUAAUUAAAUGUUUAAUCACACCAAUCACAUUGUCCACAUACGUUAUUUAACUCGUAGAAAUUCCUCAAUAUGACCCAUUCUCCAUUCCACUAUUUUUUGACAAAAGCAUGUUAAACUUUGAGACUUUGGGGUGUAAAGGUUUAUUAAAUUAUGAUACCCAGAUUUCUAAAAUGUGCAAAAAGCAGCUAAGCAACUGAGUAUCCUACAAAGACUAGGCAAGUGUUGGACUAUCAAUACUAAGCCUAUUGCCUUUAAAUAGUGUACCAGAUCCAAAAUUACAGUCCUGUUGUAUGGUAUUGUUGUAGCAAGACCAACACAGAAAAAAUGAUAAGAUUCAAUACAGAGCUUUAAAAUUGUGUUAAUGAUUACUCCUUAACUUAUGAAAAUCUUCUUUUUUGAGUUCGAUUGCCAGCAUAACAUCUGAGCAGGGUAAGAUACAUCGCUUGAAACCUACAAAUGCCACUAGGGUAUCACACCAGAAUAUGUGCGAAACCUUGUAAGUUUUAAGACACUAGAUUAAUUAUAACAUUGUAACCAACGACACAUCAUUGAACGAUGCUUUAAACCCCAUGUUAAUAAUGCUACCUACAAUGUAGCUGUUAAAAUGCAUACGAAUAUUCUUUAAGUUAUACUCUUGAAAAAACUAACCAUUUAACAGUAGAAUGUCAACAAGCGGAACCAUGCGCGUGUGGAUUGCCCGUACAGCCAGGAAAAUAAGUUGAUUUUAUCACUGUUUUUAGUGCGCUAAUCCAGCUUACUUUUUGUAAUUUUUUGCAUGAAUAUAAUAAGGAACGGCUUUUGUAAAUACUUUUUCCAAUAUGUGUGCCUAAUUAAAACUAUAGGCUUUUAUUUCCAGGUCACAAGCUCAUUACUAUGUUUUGAUGUUAUGUAUGUGUGUUAUUUAAGUCGGAAAAUAGCUCAUUGAGCUAAUGAUUCUUGUUAUCAUACACUCCACUUUAGAUUAAGAUUCUUGUAUCUUGUAUUCUGCACGUACACUAUCAUUUUAAUUAUUUAAAUGCUCAACCUUGAUAUAAAACAAGAUUUUUAGAUACCAAUAUUUCAAUAGACACAUUAUGAUGCUCUCACUCGAAUGGACCCUAUAUGUUUGCAUACGAAAAACAGAAAAUGCAUUUUCACUAAGAUACAUUCAAACUCAUUGCCUAUUGUUUUAUUUUCAAAACUGUUUUAACAUAUCUUGAAAACGCUAACCAAAACCUGGGCUUUAGAUGAAUCUUAAACAAAUACAUUCUUGGAGUUAUUUUGGGGAGACUCUUGCACGGACAACAUUUUUUGACGAAUGCAGUUGAUAUAUGGAGGAAUGCAAUAAAUAUUGAGUAAGAAUGUAAUUCCAUAGACGUGCACUUUCAGUUUAUUUUCUCUCUUUAUUUAUCUUGUAUAACUAGAUCCGCAAGAUGAGUACUGAAAGUUUUGUCUUAACUUUGUAUCUGUGAUAUAUAUUGUCGGAGUCAUUUUUAUGUCGUCAGUGUUGUUAUGUACGUUCCCUUUCUUCUUAAACUGGCAUCUAUGCAUUCACUAGUUUUUUUCCAAUACCAUCGGCAAUAUGUGUAAUAUAAUCCCGUAGAGAAUCAACAAAUGCAACUUUUUUUGUCUUGAAAAAGCCUGACUGAUUGUUAAUUUUCAAAUAUUAUUUUUUUCUGUACAGCUAUCACUUAUUUACGUUUUUGCUUUGAUACACUAAUGUUUUAUUAUGAGUUUUUGAAAUAGCAUUAAACAUUCCAUUUAUUAUGCGGUAACCUUUAUUCAUGAUAAGGCCUUAUUCUCUGCGUUUGUGUUAUGUAGCUUUCUAUCAAUUUGUUAUUUAGUUAUUGUAAAAUAACAAUUCUACAGAACUAAGUUCACACAUAGUGGCUUGGAUUUCGGAAAAAGAAUAUCGUCCGUUUUGUCAAUAAAUGUGAAGA